GUCAGUUGAAACCGAGUCGUAACAAGGAAGUGGCUACUAAGCUAGCAACGGAUAAUGAGCAGCUGAGACUAUUCUAUUUUGACAGCUUCAGAAGGGCAGGAUGGGCAGGCAGAGGAAGAGGGUGGUGACUGGUGAAGCUGCCCCCCCUCCUAGGAAAGAUGAGAAGCCUUCUGCAUUUUACCGCAAAGAGAGGAAGAAGAAAGUUGAUAUCGGAAAAAUCUUCAUCAACAUCUCCAUCGGCCUCUGCAUAUUCAGCCUGAUCUGGUUCUUUUACGCCCUCUACAUGCGGUCCAGCCUGGCCAAACGGGUGGUGACACUGCAUCCCUCACCUCCUGUCCUGGAUGCAAAUAGCAGCAGUGCCAAAGUUUCCCCUGAGCGGUUCUGGGGCUCAUACAGGCCCCAGGUUUAUUUUGGGAUGAAAACCAGGAGUCCCAGAUCAGUUGUUACAGGCAUGAUGUGGAUGCGUCAGUUCUCUGAUAUGGAUGUAAACCUCAGGCACACUUGUGAGCAAGGGGAUCGUUUGCAAGGCUAUGGCUGGCUGAUGCAUGAUGGGAUAACCUUUGGCAUCCAGGAAAUCAGAGACAAUGAUUUCACACUUACCACAGAGUUUGUCAAGAAGAUGGGAGGGGAUCAUGGAGGAGACUGGACCUGGAGGAUUACCGCCAAACAGCAUAGCUCUGCCCCUCAGGCACCAGUCCUCUCCCUGAUGUUUUACGCAGCAGCAGACACACAGGGCUCACUGGAAGCUCAUGUUGAGGAGAGAAACCGCCUUGCAUCUAUUACUGGUUUCUCAGAAGAGCUUGGAAACUUUAAGAUUACCUUCCGAAAGCCGGUUACUGGGGAAUCCAGUGCUAAAUAUGCCAGUUACAACUAUCUUCAAACCGUCUCUCCUGGCCUGGAGAAGCUGACCGACAUUGUCAAGCACAGUCUGAACCGCAGGUUUGUCUACAGCCCCCCUUCUGGUGAGAAGAGGCAUUACAUAGCUGUAGACACCUACAAGCCCCCCCACCACCAAAAUCAACAGAGACCUGCAGACACGAGGAAAGAGAGCGACUUUGUAGUCCAUCAGGUGACUGUCCAGACACCGUUUCAGAUCGAAGUCCUGUUUGAGUCUGGGAGCUUCCACCACCGUCCGAACCAACUUGUGGGCUCUGCCAUGACACAGGAACUUGAGAAGAGGAAAACUGAGUUUGACACAAAGUUUGAGAAGACCUUUGGGCUUGAAAGCAAAGGUUAUAGCAAGUCACAAAUUAAGUUUGCCAAGGCAUCACUCAGCAACAUGCUGGGAGGAAUGGGCUACUUCUACGGCCAGUCGGUAGUUCAGUCCAUCUACAAUGAAUAUCCUCUCCUGUACCCUGAGGGUGCUUUAUUCACUGCAGUACCAUCCCGCUCCUUCUUUCCCAGAGGCUUCCUUUGGGACGAGGGGUUUCACCAGCUGCUGCUCAGUAAGUGGGAUCCCCAUGUGACCAGGGAGGUGAUUGCUCACUGGAUAGACCUGAUGAAUAUGGAGGGCUGGAUCCCCAGAGAGCAGAUCCUGGGAGACGAGGCUCGCAGUAAAGUCCCAGCUGAGUUUGUGGUUCAGCGUAACGAGAAUGCCAACCCACCUACUCUUUUUUUGUCUCUUCAGGAGCUUAUUGAGCAGCUCUCUUCAAAUCCAGAUGAGGCAGCAUCUCAAGCAACCUUGCCUUUCCUCAGAAGACUCUUCCCUAAAUUGAAAACUUGGUUUGAAUGGUACAACACCACGCAGACAGGACCCAAACCAAACUCUUACCGCUGGCGUGGACGGGACAAGGACACCAAUCUUUUCCUCAAUCCUAAAACCUUGACUUCUGGGCUGGAUGACUACCCCCGGGCCUCUCAUCCAUCAGGGGAUGAGCGUCAUGUGGAUCUACACUGCUGGAUGGCUCUGUCUUCAGGCAUCAUGGCAAGUAUAGCUCGGCUCUUAAGCGAACCCUACCAAGACUACGAGCUCUCCCACCAAGUGCUCAGUGACAACAACCUAUUGAACGAGCUCCACUGGUCAGAACAUCUCCGAGCUUUCUGUGACUUUGGCAACCACACCCCGAAUGUGUCCCUGCAGCGAGAGAAGGUGUACGUUCCACCUGGACAACCUCGCCAUCAGUUCCCUGUUGCUCGACUCGUGCGUUCCGUCCAUCGGGUUCCUAAGGUGCAGUUUGUUAAUGCUUUGGGUUACGUUAGCUUGUUCCCUUUCUUACUGCACAUCCUUACACCUGACUCUCCCAAGCUAGAACACAUAUUCCGUGCCAUGAAAGAUUCAAAUAAACUGUGGACACCCUAUGGCCUGCGUUCACUUUCUAAGUCAGAUCCGAUGUAUAUGGAGCGAAACACAGAACAUGAUCCCCCCUAUUGGAGGGGACCAAUAUGGAUUAACAUCAACUAUUUAGCAGUCAGAGCCCUGCACCACUACGGCAACACAGAAGGACCAUACAAAGAGAAGGCAGCUGCUCUUUAUGAGGAACUCAGGACUAACAUUAUCAAUAAUGUGUAUAGACAGUAUAUUGAAACGGGCUAUGUCUGGGAACAGUACAAUGAUGGCACUGGCAGGGGCCAAGGAAGCCACCCCUUCACCGGCUGGUCUGCCCUGACUGUAUUAAUGAUGGCUGAACAGUACUGAUGCUGUGGAUUUUUCUCAUUUGUUCUCAGAUUUCCCUUAAUUUCAACUUUAAUGCGAUUGGAUGAGGAUAUAAGUUUAUAUAUUUUUUUUUAACUUCAAAUCAUUAAGAGCAAGAAAGUAUCAGCCUGUUAAUAUUAAACCAUUCUGAAAAUAAGAAUGAGUUUGGAACCUCUCUUUUUUUUAGAUCUAAUUCCAGUGUGCUCUAACCAAGAAGCUCAACACAAUUUAUUUGUAAAACAGCUCAAAGAAUAGUAAAACUUUUGACAAGUUUCAGCAGCAAAAUUAUGAGGCUUUUAGUUCAACAUGAUGCGUAGAGAUUUGAUUUAAAGACAUGCUCCAGAAUUUACUCAUUGUACAUAACAUGAACUACAGUCCACUUCACAAUGACACAAUGACUGAUGUGACAACAAUUUAAAAGUGUUACACGCUGCCGCAGCCAUCUUUGUUUACAAGAAAUCACCUCAAUGACUCUGAAACAAAAUCACAGUAUUAAUUCAUCACAAUAUUAAAUAGUGAAGAUUAGCCCAACCAAAGCCAUGUUGGCUGAAAAUCUGACUGAGAAGGGGACCAAAUACAUCUGCCAGGUAAAAAAAAAAUGUCCUUGUAGAUUCAUCAGGUUCCAAGACAAAAAUGUGCCAUUCAUAUCAAAUUUCCUAUUUAAUCUUAAGUUAACGUGACAGUUUUCACUGGGGAGCAAUUUCAGAUAAGUGCAGCCACCCUGUUUUAGCUGGUGCCUUUUGGGUAACACUGAACUCCCCGCAACUCCACACACCCAACUACUGCUACAUUUGGUUUUGUCAUUGUUUUAAUUUUGAAGAAAGAAAGGAUUGUUUCGACUCAGCCACUCUUGUGCUUGUACACUCUGUUAACUCUAAUUAGAAAGAAGUAUUGUCAGAUUUUAAAUUUCUUUCUGGAAAAAAGGGCAUAAAUUAAAAAUUCUGCAUUCAGUUGACAAGAAAAAUACCCAUUACACUUUACUGUGCCAUUUCUAUGUGAUCAUUUGUCUUCCCUUUUAUUUCUUCAAUUAUUGAUAAUCUAGUUUUUUUUUAAGUUUUUUGAUCUCUUAAAUGUGACACACAGUCUUGGUAAUAAUUCCUUAAAUUACUGUUUUAAAAGCAGCCACAUUUUGUAUCAUGUCAUUGAUUUCUCUGUCAGGGAUUAAUACAUC